AGAGCGUCCAUUAAAAGAUACUAUACAUGUAUCAAAGCUACUGUUUUUUCUGUUUAGGAAGACAUCGGCAGGUUAUAACUUGACAAACCUGUUUGUUGGGUCUGAAGGAACACUAGGGAUCAUCACUGAAGCUACUCUUAGACUAUAUGGAAUACCUGAAUCAACUACAGUCCUAGUAUGUAGUUUCCCUACAAUAGACUCAGCAGUGACCAGUACAGUUGAAAUGUUACAAGCUGGUGUACCAGUGGCAAGAGUUGAGUUCCUUGAUGACCUCUCACUAGAAGCUGCUAAUAAAUAUUCUCAUUUAUCAUAUCCAGUACUGCCUACUUUAUUCAUUGAGUUAACUGGAUCACCACAGAGUGUAGAGGAGCAGACUGAAAUAGUUGGUUCUAUUGUGAAGGAUAAUGGGUGCUCAGAGUUUACUUGGGAAGAAGAGCCAGAGAGAAGAUCAAAAUUAUGGAAAGCAAGACAUGAUUGGUGGUAUGCUGGACUGGCACUUAAACCAGGAGCAAAAGGUUAUGCUACUGAUGUGUGUGUCCCAAUAUCAAAAUUACCACAAGUUUUAUUAGAGACAAAAGAAGAACUAAUGUCAUCACCAAUAUUAGCUCCUAUCAUUGGUCAUGUUGGUGAUGGUAACUUCCAUUCAAUGUUACUAGUAUCAAAUGAUGAAGAACUAUCCAUUGCUAAACAACUAGCUAUCAACAUGGCAAGGAGAGCAUUAAAAGUAGGAGGUACAUGUACAGGUGAACAUGGGAUAGGACGUGGUAAAAUGACACUAUUGGAGGAAGAAUACGGGCCCACUGGAAUACAAGUAAUGAAGAAUAUCAAACAAUCACUGGAUCCUAAUGGAAUCAUGAAUCCAGGGAAGAUUAUACACAUACAGUCAUAAUCUGUGUAUACCACUAAUAAUACCAGUACAUCAUUAUUUCAACAGGAAUUCAAUUUCAAUUAUUUUCAUUAUUUUUCUUAGUCAUGUCCAAUCAGAUUUGUAAUUUUACCCUAAAUAUUUCACUCACUGUAUGAAGCAUUAAAUAAAACUA